UCUAGCUAUCAUCCAUUGAUUGGUGCAGAUCAGAAGUCUCUGGGGGUGUUUUUGGGGUUGGUUUUCUUCAAUUCUUGCAUGGGCCCAAUGAAAGAGAGAUGCAAUUCUUUGAUUGAUUUCCAUUUGCAGAGGCUUCAGACUUUUGUGUCAGUCUUCUCUUUUGGUUUCAUCGCUGGUUACAUCCUGGCGUGGAAAUAGGGGGAACAUACUUGACCUGAAGUCGAGGUCGUCCUUCAAGUCUUUGUGCUGUUUACCUCUUCUAUAAUUUCUCUUCUUCUUCCGUAAGUUAUCUGAAAGAAGGAAAAAGCAGCUGCUAUGGCUUUGCUCUUUAAUCCUGCUUGUUUCUUCUCCUUUCUUCUUCCCUUAAUGGCCACCUUUUACUUUGUUCAUGGAGAGGCUAGGUUCCUAUCUAAUUGUACCAAGGAAUUCUCCUGUGGAGCUAUCGGUUUUGUGGGCUUCCCUUUUGUUAAACACACAGAGCCUCAUUGUGGUUUAGUGGCAGUUAAGUGUGAUACAACACCCCCAAUUGUCCAGUUGGGAACAGGAGGAGAUUGGUAUCCGCUUCUGAGUGUAAUGAAGCCUCGCGGAGUUGACAAUACCUAUACGAUCGACCUUGAAGACUCAAAGCUUCAGAGACCCUUUGAGAGCCGUAAUUACUCAAAUUUAAAUUACACCAUCCACUUUCACAAUUCUCCUUCUGUCACAUUCCUCAAUUGGGAUGCAAGCACAUUGAACACCUAUUUUAAAUGCAAUGACAGUGAAGCUGAUGAUAUAGGCAAUUAUGAAAGGUAUAACUGUAGUGAUGGAUUUAGUUUGUACUAUAAACGUCACUUGCCAGAGAAUCCCAAAUGUGAUGCUGUCAACUGUACCAUGUAUCCAACUCCAAUUAUUAUUCAACAAACAAAUGAUGGCUUAACUGCUCAAUUUGUAUUGCGCAUGGAAGUCUCAAAAACUUGCCAGGAGUGUUACCAAGGAGGAGGGCAAUGCACAGAAGACAGCAACAACGAUUUUCGCUGUGCACAAGGUAACUUGAGCACCACAGGAAAGAGAAAUCUGAAACUAAUUCUAGCAGCGGGUGGUGGAACACUGAUCCUCACAUUCAUGUCUACCCUACUAUUCUACAUUUAUACCAAGAAAUUAUCACUUCGUUCUUGCGUGGAUCUGAUGACUAAAAUUAAGCUGAAAAAGCAAGAUGUAGAAGAGUUUUUAAAGAUCCAUGGUCCCUUCGCUUUGAAAAGAUUCAGUUAUUCAGAAGUAAAGAAAAUUACAAACUCCUUCAAGAAUGAACUUGGACAAGGAGGCUUUGGUUCUGUUUAUAAAGGAAAGUUGCGCAAUGGAAAUUUUGUGGCAGUUAAGGUUUUGAAGGAAUUAAAAGCCAGUGGAGAAGAAUUCAUCAAUGAGGUGGCAAGUAUUAGUCGGACUUCUCACAUCAAUAUCGUCACUCUUGUUGGAUUUUGCAUCGAAGGUAAUAAAAGAGCUCUUGUCUAUGAGUUCAUGCCUAAUGGAUCCCUUGAAAAGUUUAUUUAUGACAAUAAAUCUCUGACGGGUCGUCAAUUGGAAUGGAGCAUGUUAUAUAAAAUUUCAAUAGGUAUAGCUCGAGGGUUAGAGUACUUGCAUAGUGGUUGCAACACUCGAAUUUUACACUUGGAUAUAAAGCCCCAUAAUAUUCUUCUAGAUGAAGACUUUUCUCCCAAAAUUUCAGAUUUUGGUCUUGCAAAGUUAUGCACAAGAAAGGAGAGCAUUGUGUCAGUUCUUGGUGCACGGGGAACCAUUGGAUACAUUGCUCCAGAAGUUGUUUGCAAAAAUAUUGGAGGAGUUUCUCACAAGUCAGAUGUCUACAGUUAUGGAAUGAUGGUUCUCGAGAUGGUUGGAGGAAGAAAGAAUGUGGAUAUUGGAGUUAGUUGCAAUAGUAAAAUAUACUUUCCACAUUGGAUUUACACAAGGUUUGUGUUAGAUGAUGAGCUUGGAUUGAUUGGAGUAAUGAAUGAAGAAGAGAAUGAGUGUGCAAGAAAGAUGUUAAUAGCUAGUUUGUGGUGCAUACAAACUGAUCCAUCCACAAGACCAUCAAUUUCAAGAGUAGUGGAAAUGUUAGAAGGUAAACUAGAAUAUUUACAAAUCCCUCCAAAACCUUACCUCUAUUCUCCCACGAGAUUAGAGGAGCAACACUCAUCCUCUGUGUUUAUUACAUAGUGGUUGAUUCUUGGAUGCAUGCUUUUCAUGUUUCAAUAUUGCAACCUAGUUUCAUUGAUGUAUUUUAGCCUUACAAAGAAUGGUUUGAAAGGAAGUGUAAUCGAUAUAGAAUAAUAUGCAAA